AUGGAUUCGAGCGAGCUCGACCGCGUCGUUCGCGAUGCGUUCGCUCGCUCGUCGACGCGCGCGGACGGGGAGACGUUGACCUCGAACGCGACGACGACGUUGAACGCGAUUCGUGGGGACGAUUCGUGUUGGAAACUGUGCCUGGACGCGUACGUCAAGUCACGAGUGGCGGAGACAAAGUUUUGGUGCUUGCAGACGCUCGCGGAGACGCUGCGCGAGCUCGUCGCGCGCGGAGCGACGAUGACGGUAGAAGACGCUGAGACGCUGAGACGAGGGAUCGGGACGUGCGUGGGUGAGGCGAGCGAUGUGGGGACGAACUCACCCGCGUUCGUGAAGAAUAAACUCGCGCAGGCGUGCGCGCUGAGCGUGGCGCUGGAGUACCCCGAGCGAUGGCCGACAUUUUUUACCGACGUCGCCAAUCUGUUGACGAGAGGCGCGAGCGGGGUGGACAUGUUCACCAGAGUGCUGGAAGCGCUGGAUGAGGAAGUGAUAGCGACAAUAGAAGCGGGGAGGAGCGGGCGAGAGGAUCAAGCGAGAUCGAUGCGAGUGAAGGACGCGAUGCGAGCCGACGGAAGCAUUCAGUUGGUGUUCGACGCAUGGCGACAGUGCUUACAACAUUUCACGCGCGCCGAACCCAAAGUAGCCACCAAGGUGUGGUCCGUCGCUCGGAGAUACGUCGAGUGGGUCGAUGUGAGCGUCGUCGCGAGUGAGGAUUACGUGCGGUGCGCCAAAGAGUGCCUGAUGCUCGCAGAUGGCGGCGAUGUGGACGAGGACGCGUGCGCUGCGGCGACAUCGUACUUGCAUGCGGUCGUUACGAAAGGGAUGGAUAUCGCUACUAAAGUGCAAUUGAUCGCUAACACGGGCCUGGUUGAUGUAUAUGGAGCAUUGCAAUCGCUUUGCAUCGCGAGAGGGGACGAUUUGGACGAGGAGUUUGUCACGCAGGUUACGAAUCUUGGUUCCGCCAUCGGCACGGAGCUCCUGAGUGCACACAGGAUGGAAAAUGUAACCGCGCUAGGACCCGAGUUGCCCGCGCGUGUGAGCGCUAUGUUGCACCAAGUGACUCCUUUGGUUUUAUCUAGCAUCGGUUUCAGACACGAGCGAGCAGUUCUGGUGGCUUUGCCGUUCCUGUACGCUUACGUCAGUCAUGUGAAGUCCCAACCAGCUUUACUAAGCACGGCACAGCCCGCGCUCGAGGUAGCGUGCCAGGCGCUCAUAGCGCGUGGUUCAUUUCCCGUAGAAAACACGGAUGGUUUGGAUUGGGACGAUGGCGCGAGCGCGCUCACGCAAGAGUUUGAGGGCGAAGUUCUCAGCUUGCGCACCGAGCUCAACGUGCAGUUCAAAAAUAUCGCUCGUCUCGCACCGCAGUUGGCUCGAGAGGUGGUGCGGCAAGUUCUAACGAAUGCUAUUGUUGCGGGUGAUCUGAAUUCGCGUCGUUGGGAAAAUAUUGAGGUCGCGGUAUCGGCGCUUUAUACCCUUGGCGAGGGCGCCGACGAUCCCGCAGUGAAGCCGAUGUCGACGGAGGAACGAUCCAAGGCGACGAACGGUACUGGUGAGGUUACAGAAACUCCGCUCGGUGCGCUCGCGGUAUCACUCAUUCGCUGUUGGGAUGCAAAUGCGGGCAAGGCUGCUCAUCACCGCUUGGUGGCGCCGAUUUUUCUGGAGACGUGCGUUCGAUACCAUGCGAUUUUAGAGCAUGACGAUGCGUCGUUGUUGGUGGCUCUCACCGCGUUUUUAGACGCGCGCGGCAUAGCGCAUCGAGAUCGAGCUGUCCGGUCGCGAGCGUGUUACUUACUCGCACGCCUCUCUCGACCUCUUCGAUGCAAACUUUCCGACCGUGUGGAGGACAUUAUGCGCGCAAUCCACCCUCACUUGAUAGACAUCGCGCGUUCAUUGCCAGAGCAGAACGCAGUUAACACCACGGUUGUUUCAGUGAGCGCUUCGGGCAUUCAAAGCAGAGCCAUGGCGGAAAGUGGUAAUGACGACACCCUAUACCUGUUCGAGGCGGUGGGUGUGCUGUUAGGGGCGGAUGAGGUGGACGAGCAGGAGCAGUACAGGCAUUUGUCCCAAAUUGCCUCUGCUUUGUGCCAUCAAAUCGAAGAGGUCGUGGAUGGGCGGUCGGGCGCCGAUGACCUAACUCGCGUCGCUCUCGCGACUAGGGCAAUCAUAGCUUUCGGGAACGUCUCCAAGGGUUUUGCUCAGCGUACGUGCCUGACUGCGAGGCCGCAAACUGGCGAGGUGUUCAGGUCGUGCUUGGCCACAUCGCUCCGAUGUUUGGACAUUUGGCCUCGCAAUGCGAGCGUAAGGAGUAGAGUGACGGGAUUACUGCAUAGAAUGAUCGAAUUGCUCGGUACAACAGUCACGCAGUACCUUGCAUCGACGGUUGACAGAUUGCGUCGAGACGCCGACGCGCUUGAACUGCGAGAGACUCUGGUGCUGUUCAAUCAGCUUUUGGCAACUUACAAGGCGGAACUCGCCCCGUUCGUCGUUCAGGUACUGCCAAACGUUGCGGACCAAGUAUUUAGGACGAUAACAACGGCACUCGCGCAAGCCUCAGAGCAGGCCAUGGGUGGGAACGUCGCAAAGAACACGGAAACCAUACGCGAGUCGGAGGAGCUCGAACGAACGUGGCUGACAACAGCCGCCGCUCUCGGUGCAAACGGACUCUUGACGCCGACUUUUACGGGUCAUCCGAACGCCGAGAUCACAUCUGCACUAAGGGAGCAGUUGAUAACGCACCUUCUACGUACGGCCUCUUCUCACGGCUCCGUGAGUGCGCGGAAAGUUGCGCUACAAGCGCUGAAGAGUUUCAUCGAGGAAUGGCUCGGAGACGAUCGUCCGAACGAACCUACGGGAGCGCCGGAGGGAGCGAGCAAGACUUUUACGAUAAAGUAUGGGCCCAGAGAUGACCUUCUCCCUGGAUUUGCAUCGUUUGUUUUCGAUCGAGUGUGCGUCGAGUGCUGCGUCGUCCCCGCGCUUCGUGGCGACUUGGACCUCGCGGACGCCGCGUCCGUCGCCGUGCUCAACGAAUCGUUCGCCAUCUUGGCCAUAGCUCGCGUUCGAAAGCCCCAAGCGCUUUCGAGCACUCUACACCGCGCGUUCGCCGACGUGCUCGCCGAUCAGGCGAACGCCGUCGCCGGCGAGUACCUCGCCGCGGUCGACGCCUACGCCGGCGGUAAGCCGCACACGCGCUCGAGCAAAUCCCUUCGAGCCCUCGUCGCGGCGACCACGGAGGCGAUUCGUCGGCGAGGUCGCGUCUUAGGUUCCCCUCACAUCGCCAGGCGCGGUUCGUGA